UAGUCCAUUAUUGUGUGAACAUGAAAAAUAUGUUUUUAUUGCUUUAAACAAAUCUUAAUUUUCUAAUUUUAUGACUUUCUUGGACCAGCAAAUUAUCAACUUUCAUAUAUUCAGCUAAAGGAGUUAGAGAAGGUUGAAACAAAAUAAUUGUCGUUAACUUUGAAAAAGCACAAGCAUGUAAUUUUAUAUCAGUGUAUCAAAACGAUGUGGCAACAUUUCAGAAGUGUGGAAUAAUGAAAAAUGGCUGAAAAGGACCUUGCAGUAAAGUCUCUGUCACAUGUACUCGAAUUUUUGAAGCUUCCUGUGUUAGUAGAAAUAGUAGGAGAUGUUAGGUUAUGCGACGAACUUGUUUUAGAAGAUAAAAAAAAAAUGUUUAUACUUCAGCGCAACGUCACUCAAUUUUUGUUCGGGACAGAGUUAAACGGUAAAAAAUUUCGUUUAAACACUUGCGAUCAAGGUAAUCUUUUUGUUGAUGUUUUCGAUGAGUUUUAUCCAAAAAGUUUGAGCGAAAUAAAAAACUUAACACCUGCUUAUGUUUUAUCUAAGUUACCAUUUAACUUCGAAUCGCAUGUGUUUGAGAGACAUUCAAUUUUUAAUUUUAAACACUCCGAACAGUUCGGAGAUGAAAAUUUUGUUUUUUUAACAACGCAACAAGGUCAAACAUUACCUCUUACUUUAAAAAUUUUGCUAAGCAAAUCGUUUUCAUUUGUCUGCUACGUAAAAACAUCAACUUUAGAGGUACUUUUAAAGGAAGGUGUUGAGUCAAAAAUUGUGAGAUUUAGAAAAGAGUGUCGUAAUCAAGUUCCAUCUGGUAUAGCUACCUUAAAUGAACUGCGUGUAUAUCACACUUUAUUAACAGUGAGCGAAAAUAAAAACUGUUCCGAAUUAACUUAUGAAGAGUUCCAACUAGAUUCAAGAAUAAAUGUCUUUGUUCCAAAAAAGGCUUUUUUUCCAAAGUAUAUUGAGGCGUUAGGAGAUUACAGCACAGUAUUUUAUUCUGAAAACAUCAAAAAUAUUAAACUUUUAAUUCACCAUGAAAUUUAUUAUGGACAGUAUUACGGUUAUUAUCAUGCUAAAUUAUAUAGCGAUAAUACUGAAAAUAUUAAACUUAAGAGAUCUAAAUCUUUGCCUAGCUUCGAAAAACCUAAUAAAGUUUAUUUAAAGAAAAGAUUUGCAGCGAUAAAAAAACAGUUCUUUAUUAAGAAAAACCGUUCAGUAUCUUCUUGAUUAAAACAUUUUUUUUGUUUUAUUUAAUUAUAUAAAUUACAUUGAAAUUAUUAUUUUUACUUCAAUUUAAUUUUUUCAUAACUUUUAAUAAACUCAUAUUUGGUCAAAACUAUAUAAAAAUAAAUCUAUUUCAUAAAACCAAAGUUGAAUACUAUCUAUUAUUUAUGAAAAAAAAACUACCGGUAAAUAAAUUGACUUAAUUCAACAUAUCUUAGUUUUUAUUCUAGUUUAUAGCACACGAUAAAAUUUAUUAAUCAAAUUUUAAAUUUUUUUAUGAAUAAUUUUUAUUGUUAAACUUUUAUUUAAUAUUGCUUUGUAUGUAUAUAUGUAGAUGU